AUGGCGAAAAGGCAAAGUUCAUUACAAGAUUUUUUCAGUAAAAAGAGACUAGUAGAGGUGCAAGAGAGUGAAUCAAACAUUGACAUAAACGAUGGUUCUUUUUCAUUGGACUCAGAGGGCUGUGACCCUGAUCUAUCUUUGCCUAAUCCACUACCUAGUACCAGCACAUCCAUCAGUAUAAUAUCAUCAUCUCUAACAGACACCACCAGCCAAACUAUGACAUCUUCAUCUUCAGUUGGCUCUGAUGUACUGGCCUCUGUCAAGACUACUCCUGGAUCAUCUCACUCUGCCUUACCAAGUGAUAUUUCUCAGAGUUCUUUGCAAGGUCCUGUUCAACCAAAGAGCUUUAAGUUUCCUGCAUCAGUAUUCGGGUCAGUUCAUCGCUCAUUUAACGGUAAUUGGUUUGAGAAAUAUCCCUGGCUUGAGUAUUCAAUUCUACAAGAUGCUGCCUUCUGUUUCCCUUGCCGAUUUUUUGCCGUACCUGACAAAGGUAGAGCAGAAAACACUUUCACUAGGCUCGGAUACAGGGAUUGGAAGCAUGCUACAGGCAGAUGUGGAGUUUUGGAAAAGCACAAUACCAGUCACUCACAUCAUGAAGCAACUAUAUCAUGGCAAGAUUUUAAGUUAAACAUUGAAAAAG